AUGAAAGGAAUUCCUUUCUUGUUUGUAAAAGAACUUGUUCUAAGUCUAGAAAAGGUCCCUACCGGUGCUGCUCUUGAACCCAAGAAGUCAUACAUAGUGUACUUGGGAUCACAUGAACACGGUGAAGAAGCUACAGAUGCUGAUUUCGAUCGAGUCACCCAAACUCAUUAUGAUUUUCUUGGAUCCUAUUUGGGAAGUUCUGAGAAAGCAAAAGAAGCAAUGAUUUAUUCUUAUACAAGGUAUAUUAAUGGCUUUGCUGCAAUGCUCCGAGAUGAAGAGGCUGCUGAAAUUGAAAAACAUCCAAAGGUUGUGUCGGUGUUCUUGAACAGAGGAUUGAAGUUACACACUACACGGUCGUGGGAGUUUAUGUCAAUGGAGCACCAGAGUGGUGUGAUUAGCCCUGCUUCGUUGUUUAGCAAAGCCAGGUUUGGUGAAGAUACCAUAAUUGGGAACUUUGACACCGGUGUAUGGCCAGAAUCUCCUAGCUUUAGUGAUGAGGGCAUAGGUCCUAUUCCUUCAAGAUGGAAGGGAUCCUGUGAGGAUGGUGGUCCUGACAUUCGUUGCAACAGGAAGCUGAUAGGAGCAAGGUACUUCAACAAAGGGUAUGCUGCAUAUGCAGGGCCUGAUACGCUGAAGAACGCUACUCUUAACACGGUACGAGAUUAUGAAGGCCAUGGAACACACACACUAUCAACGUUAGGUGGAAACUUUGUCCCCGGCGCUAACGUCUUCGGCUUUGGCAAUGGAACCGCGGAAGGCGGCUCUCCCAAGGCUCGAGUGGUUUCUUACAAGGUCUGCUGGCCGCCAAUUUUUGGCGACGCUAGCUGCUUUGCAGCUGAUAUCAUGGCAGCUUUCGACAUGGCUAUACAUGAUGGUGUGGACAUUCUGUCCCUCUCCCUUGGAGGGGUACCCAUUCCAUACUUCAAAGAUGGUGUUGCUAUUGGCGCAUUCCAUGCUUUCAGAAAGGGAAUCACCGUCGUGAUUUCUGCUGGGAACCAGGGACCAGAUAGUGGAUCUGUCUCUAACGUUGCGCCUUGGAUGCUCAACGUCGCUGCAAGUACCCUGGACAGGGAGUUUAAUGCUGUUGUUGAACUCGAGAAUGGAGAGCGCUUCAAGGGUGAAAGCCUUGCUCCUGGUAUGCCGCAAAAGAAAUUUUACCCACUCAUCAGUGGUUUAGAUGCAAAAUUGGCUAAUGCAACUGACCGAGACGCUCUUAUGUGCAAGAUAGGAACAAUUGAUCCAGAGAAGGCGAAGGGAAAAAUAUUGGUUUGUAAGAGAGGCGCUACGGCGAGAGUGAAGAAGAGCCUUGCGGCUAUGGAGGCUGGUGCAGUUGGAAUGAUUCUUUGCAACGAUAAGCUCAGCGGUAAUGAGCUUAUAGCCGAUCUUCAUUUUCUUCCAUCAUCACAUAUCACUUAUGAAGAUGGCCUGCAAGUCUUUGCAUACCUAAAUUCUACAAAGAAUCCGAUGGGAUAUAUUGUUCCACCCGAAACCAAGUUGCAUGUGAAGCCUGCUCCAUUCAUGUCAUCGUUCUCCUCCAGAGGGCCCAACACAGUCACCCAUGAGAUUCUUAAGCCUGACGUCACGGCCCCGGGAAUCAACAUCAUUGCUGCUUUCUCGGAAGCAGCUAGCCCCACACAAAUGUCCUUUGAUAAGCGCAGGGCUCCAUUUGUCGCACUGUCCGGAACAUCUAUGUCUUGCCCUCACGUCGCUGGAAUCGCCGGCCUUCUCAAAACACUCCACCCUGAAUGGAGUCCAUCAGCUAUCAAGUCCGCCAUCUUGACAUCCGCUGGGACAAGAGACAAUAAGGGUGAGCCAAUGCUUGAUGGGGAUUUUAAAGCAACAACACCAUUUGAAUAUGGUUUUGGUCACGUGAGACCAAAUCGUGCCAUGGACCCUGGCUUGGUCUACGAUACAACCAUAGAUGAUUACCUCAACUUCUUGUGUGCCAUUGGUUACGAUCAGAAACGGAUCAAGGUGUUCUCCGGCGCUCUUCAUCAUGAGUGCCCUCAUGGAAUGGGUGUCUUGGAUUUCAAUUAUCCUUCAAUAACGGUUCCGGUGCUGUACGGUCGGGUUACUGUGACACGCAGGGUGAGAAAUGUGGGUUCGCCAGGGACUUACGUUGCAAGCUUCCACAACAUUCCUUCGGGACUUUCUUUGUCCGUGAAUCCCAAUGUGUUGAAGUUUGAGAGCGUGGGUGAAGAGAAGAGCUUUAAGGUCAUAAUAGAGGUCGCUAAGCCAGGUCGCGCUAUAGUCUUUGGGGACCUGAUUUGGUCCGAUGGAAAGCAUUAUGUCAAGACUCCAAUCACCGUUGGUGGAAUCAAGGCUUAA